CGGCUAUGCAACUAAAGAUCAUAGAGAUUUUCAUUCAAAUUCUAAAUUGAAUAUGGGUGGCCCUCCCGCAUCCGGUUUGAUCAAUUUAAUUGCAAUUGCACAACUAGACAUUUGCCAUGCGGUGAGAGCAGAUAAUAAUGCAACAAGUGAUCCGGUAGUUAAUGAUCCUUCAACCCUCAACUCAGAAGCGCCUGAUGUGGCAAUCCCUUCGUACGCGCAAAAUAUCAAUGGUGUACCAUGGAUCUGAAUAGCAUUUUCGUUGAAGUGUGGAGCGUCACUCUGACACGGUUUUCCGUUUUGAAAAUUCAAUAUUUCUUUGCUACAACUGCAGAUGAAGCAGUCGUGUGAGAGUUCCCGCAGCGGCUUUCAUACUCCCGUUUAUUCU